AUGCACCCUGCGGCCUUCUCGCUUCCUGUAGUUGUGGCCACUGUGCUGUGGGGAGCGGCCCCCAUCCGGGGUCUCAUUCGAGCGACCUCGGACCACAAUACGAGCAUGGAGUUUGCAGACCUCCCAGCUCUCUUUGGGACUGCCUUGAGCCAGGAGGGACUUCAGGGCUUUCUUGUGGAGGCUCACCCAGCCAAUGCCUGCAGCCCCAUUGCCCCACCACCCCCAGCCCCGGUCAACGGGUCAGUCUUUAUUGCACUGCUUCGAAGAUUCGACUGCAACUUUGACGUCAAGGUCCUGAAUGCUCAGAGGGCUGGGUACGGUGCCGCCGUGGUACACAACGUGAAUUCCAAUGAACUUCUGAACAUGGUGUGGAAUAGCGAGGAAAUCCAGCAGCAGAUCUGGAUCCCGUCGGUGUUUAUUGGGGAGAGGAGCUCCGAGUACCUGCGAGCCCUCUUCGUCUACGAGAAGGGGGCUCGGGUGCUUCUGGUCCCGGACAGUAGCUUCCCGUUGGGUUAUUACCUCAUCCCUUUCACAGGGAUUGUGGGACUGCUGGUUUUGGCCAUGGGAGCAGUGAUGAUAGUUCGUUGUAUCCAGCACCGGAAACGGCUCCAGCGGAACCGGCUGACGAAAGAGCAACUUAAACAGAUUCCGACACAUGACUAUCAGAAGGGAGACCAGUAUGAUGUCUGUGCCAUCUGCCUGGAUGAGUAUGUGGAAGGUGACAAGCUGAGGGUACUCCCCUGUGCACACGCUUAUCACAGCCGCUGUGUGGACCCCUGGCUCACUCAGACCCGGAAGACUUGCCCCAUUUGUAAGCAGCCUGUUCAUCGAGGUCCUGGGGAUGAGGAGCAGGAGGAAGAAACUCAGGGGCAAGAUGGUGAUGAUGAAGGGGAACCAAGGGACCAUCCUGCCUCAGAGCGGACCCCACUUCUGGGCUCUAGCCCUACAACACCCACCUCUUUUGGCUCCCUAGCCCCAGCCCCACACGUUUUCCCUGAGUCUUCAACAGACCCCCUACCCUCUCCUCCCUCUUCCUCCUCAGCUGCCGUCCUAGUCUAA